AUGGAAUGGACAUGUCGGUCUGGCCAAGCGGCUGAGUCGCCGCAUUGGACAUUUGCAGAUGAUUCUGGAGCACUAACUAACGACAGGAUAGAGGGCGGAAACAAAGAGGGCAUAGAGACCGACUCAUGCUUAGGAGUAAACGGAGACAUUUUGUAUGAGAAGUCGGAUACGCGGGCUUAUUUCGGACUUUGGCGUAUUAUAUGGAUUUUGUAG